GCCACCGCGCUUCCGCUUCCGGUGGGCACGGGGACGCGGCGGGCGGCGCGGCGGGAUGAGCGGGGCACUGGGCCGCUGGCGGGCGCGGGGCUCCCUGCGCCUGCCCGGCCCCCGGAGGUGGCUGUCGCGGCGGCGGGAGCCGGAGGAGGGCGCGGAGGACGAGGGGCCCAUCUCCUUCUCCGCCAGCAAGGCCAGCCCGCGGGUGUGGAGCGUCGGGCAGUCGAUGGGCAGCGACCACGAGCGGCCGUGGUUGAAGGUGCUGCCCCUCAGCCUGCUGUGCAGCGGGCUGCUGCUCUGGGCCGCCUUCCGGGAGAAAACGGAGAUCGACGAGCGGCUGGAGGCGAUUUUCUCCGCGGAGUUCGUGGAUUCCUUCGAUGCGGCCCAAAAAAGCGCCGCUCCCCUGCCGCCGCAGCAGGAGAAGUGACGGGAGCGCGGCUGCGGCGGGGGAGCUGCCGGCAGCCAGCGGGCAUUCGCCUGGUACUGACACUUUAAUGGGAAAACUUGUUUUUUUCCAGCCCACCGGCAGCCUUAUCUUACAGCCUUGAUUCCCUCACCUGCCGUGCUGCUGGCCUUGGGUUCAUAAUUCACACUGGUAGCGCAAGGAGCGGUUUCUGCGCUGCAUGGUAGGGUGAACCCAGGACGUAUCGCAAACCAGAUCGCAUUUGAAGAUAGGUUUUAUGCAACCCAUCUCUUCUCCAUGGAUUAUUUUUCUUAGAUGCACAAGGUAUUAAAAUACCAAAACUGUAAGUCUGUAAAAUUGCUGCUGAAGGUGACCUUCAUGUGAUAUUUUGCUGGUCACAGAGUAUGUUCAGCUUACAUUGAAGACGACUGUAAGUGUAUGAUUCAUUAAUACGUGAUUCUUUGUGCUCUGAGGGUUUUUAAAUUUUACUUAAAUUAACCAUCUUCAACCCUUAAUGCAUAGUCGGUGCUUGCUUUCUGCACUAGAACUUUUUAGGCAUGCCUGUUUGAGGUGAUCAUUACUGGCAGGAGAGAUUUCUGCAGGAAAUGACAGUCAUUGGCUUGCAUUAUUCUGGGGAGGAAGCCCCUAGUUUCACUGAACAAUGGCGUAUCUAGUUUUUCCUACAGAUUCAUAGAUAUUCAGACUUGCACGUGCGGGAGACUUUUCCUGGAGAGGAAGAAGCUGAGCUACUAAUGCAACUUAGUUCUCUCCAAAGUUAUAGGUGGGUUUUUUUUAAGCUUUCAACUGGAGAAAUGCAAAACUGGGUCCAUUAAAAUUCCCAAUUAAAAGAAAAAGAAACCAAAAAACCCAAAACAGAACCCCCAAACAAACUGAAAAACCAAACACGGUAGCGGUUAGUGAGACGGGCUGGAGCUGCACAGAAGACUGACUUGGCAUCCCGUGUGUCCGAUGCUGCUGACACGUCUCUGAAUACCACCACCGCGGUGGCUGUGGACUGUGCUGCAGAGUCCCCGUGGUUUACCCAGGUGACACCUGGUCACCGUGUAUGUGACAUCUGGUGACUGGGUACAGCCGGUUUGGUGCUGACACCGGGGUUAUUUUGUCUUGGGAUUCAGCUUCUCCUACAGCGGAAGGUGUCUGGUGAGAUCCGUGCAGGGGGUGUCCUGGCGAAUAAAAGCGAUCCUGGGUUUUAUUGUCACUGGCCGCAGGCGUGAUGCUCUUCCCCGGCCAGCCCAACUCCUCCUCGCCCUGUGACAACGACGACCCCGGCCCCGCGCUAAGGCCGUGACGCGCUGCCCCUUCGCCUGUGCCUUAUCCCGGGGUGACGGGACAGGUGUCCAAUAAAGACCCCGCAGCAAAACCGC